GCCUUCUGGGGCGGGCGAACGUCCAGGGCGAUUCGGAAAAGUCGUUUCUGAACUCGAAUUGGUGUUUGUGAACUCCACUAAGGUUUGUAUCUAUCCAAGCCGUUAUACUUUAAUAUAUUCUUACUGCUAUCUUCAGCAUUGAUUCUCUGGGGCUUGCAAAUUUGGUUGCUGAGCUGUGUCACCCUGGCUUGCAUUUAAGGCCGUCGGGCCGGCUGCCUGGCGGCAGCGCUAAGCUCAUCUUAGUAUGGAUGCCGACUCAUCUGAACGCGUCGAGCGGGGAGAGGCAGAGCCCGAGCAAGACCCGGCGUUGUUGCCGUUCUCGCAGCGGAUAGCUCUAUUCGCAAGUGCAGCGGAUGCCAGCAGCCCCACUCUCAGCAGAGCUAGCGCUGGCUCGCACUGGGCGACGCCCGUGCGGACCUCAGCGCAUGGCUCGACCUCCAUGCCCGGAACAGCAACGACUGCUCGUGCGCCGACGGUCUCCGCUACUUACGCUUCACGGCCGUCGUUGCGCCUGUUUGACGCUGCAACGGCCGCAGCGGCCAGAGAUGCAGCGUACCGCUUCUUCACUGGAAGCCUGCGCAGCGACUGGCAGGGCAGGCCGGUAGCGUCCACGCCCGUUGGCGCCGCAACCUGCACGGAGGCGGCGACUCAGACCGACGCUGGCAGCGGCGAGGGCGGCAGCCCCAUGCGCCAGUCCGCGCCGCCUGCGGCCGCCGAUGCCGCGCCGGGCUGUGCGUCGCCCGACUGCACCGCGCAGCUGGUAAUUCGCCCCGCUCGCGCCGCGGACUGCGCCGCCGCGGCCGCCGCCGAGCUGGAGCAGGCCGGCGUGGCGCAGCUGCUCUCGGCGGCGGCUGCGCUGCAGACGCCUGCGGCUCACGCGGCGGCUGCGGACAGGCCCUGGCUCGCGGUGGUGCGGCUGCUAGCCGACUACGUAGCGGAGCAGCAGCAGGCGGCGGGGCCGGGGGCGGGCAAGGCAGCGGGCCCCGUUGAAGGGGACGCCGGUGCAGAGCAGGCAGCGACUGCAGCUCCAGAUGCACGGCUACUGGCGGCAUUGCUGACAGCGCGGAUGGGCGCGGAGCGGGAAGCGGCUGCGGGAGUGCCGGAAUCCGCGGGGGCUAGGACCGCAGAGGUGGGGCCGGCAAGGGCCGCCGCAGCGGGUGCCAGCCAGGAGGACGUUGUGGCUGCGGAGGCGGGGCACAGCCAACAGCAGGAGGGCGCGGCUGGGAGCGAGGGUGAGGAGCAGUCUGGCAGCGUGGCAGGGCAGGAGGCGGACAGCGGAGUCGCUGUGGCGGCGCUGCAGGAGCAGGUGGCGGCGCUGCGGGAGCAGAUGCGGCAGCGGGCGCUGGCGCAGUACGACAACAACAGGAUGGCGGCCGUGGCGCUGGACCGCAGCCUGGCCCGACUCAACCACAUGGCCCACACAUUCGCCGGCGGCGCCGCGGCGGCGUCGGGCCCGCCGCGCAGCCCCAGCCCGCCGCGGUCGGCUGCGCGGGGCGGCGGCCCGGCACAGGCCGGCUCCCCCGCGGCGACCUGUGCCUCGGUGUCGGGCUCCUGCAGCAAGCCGGCCCCGGCGCCGGCAGCUGCUGAGGCCCCGGCCCUAGACCACGUGUCUUGGUUGUCACCUACGCGCUGGCUUUGGGGUUCGCCGCGGCCUGCAGGCUCGACGGCCACCGAUAGCCAGGGAAGUCAGCUGCUGCCGCGCACAGCCCGGGUUCGCGAGGCACAGGAGGAGCGGGAGGAGCAGCAGGAGCAGCGGCUGGCGGCGCUGUGCCGGGAGAGGGACGGGCUGGCGCGGCAGUGCGCGGCGCUGCAGCGGCAGUGCAGCGGCCUGAUCGCCUACGUCGCCAUGCUGGGCGGCGGCGGCGGCGGCGCCCUCCUCGGCGGCGCCGGCGCCAGCAGCUGCGCCGGCGGCAGCCAGAUAGGGCUGCGGGCGACGCCGGGCGGAGAUGUGCAGAGCCAGCAGCAACACACGCAGUCACACACAGUGGCUGCGGCUGGAGAGGCGGCGGGCUCGCCAUCGGGCCUGGUGUCAGACGCGCGGCUGUGGGUGCGCGUUACGGCGUCGCCCCCCGGGGCACCACCGGCUCAGCGGACGGACCAGCUGCAGCAGGACGCUGCGGGCGAGCUCUACGUGCGGCUGCAGCUGCUGGUGCUGCAGGAGGCGGAGGAGGAGGCGGAUCACCGCCAGCCGCCUGGUGCCUGCGCCGACGGCACUGCGGGUUGCCGGGCGGUGCGUGUGGGCGUCCGCAUCACGCCGCUCCCCGUACCCGUGUCCGCCAGCACCUGUGGUGGUGGUGGCGACGACGGCGACGGCAGGGGCGAGGGCGGGUCUGGCUGCCACACACCCGUGGGCACGCCGGUGCCGGCGCCGCACCUGGUGCUUGGGGCCUCGCCGCACAAGCUGGCAGCAGCGGCAGCCGGGGGCGCCUGGGGGGCGGCCGCAGCAGCAACAGGAGCAGCAUGCCUGGGAAGCGAGGCUGCGGCAGGGUCCGCGGCUGCGGCGCCAGCGCCGCAGGCGGGCGUCUAUCAGGUGGGGGUAUUUCAGCAGCAAGCGCGGGCGCUGGCGCAUGCGCCGUCACUGCAGUCAUUGUCACUGCCGAGCCAGCUGCUGCUGCAGCGGCAGAGAGAACGGGAAGAGCGCCGGCGGGCCGUGCAGGCGGGCGCUUCUGCCGGGGGCGCCGGCGAGGGCGCGAACGGGGCCGUGACUGCGAGCGGCGACGCCUCCGGCGGCCUUGGCGGCUGUAGCAGCUUGGUGGCGGCGGUGCGGCAGCUGGUGCGUAGCCUCGAGGAGGAGGCCGCAGCCGUGACAUGUGGUACACCAGCGGCUGCUGCUGCUACUGCCGGCCAGAUGGCUGACUCGGCAUCGCCGUUUGCAACGCCUGCCGCGCCGGGGGCCGCGCACGGCAGCAGCAAUGGCGCCAGCGGCCGCGGCACUGAGAGUGGCGGCGAGCAGGUGCCCUGCCGCGGCAGCCCACAGCAGCCGCGGCCCGCGGCAGUGAGCGCGGCCCUGGACAGCCUGCGGCGCGCGUUGCGGCAGCUGCUGGGAGACUGCGACGGCGCCGCCGGCGAUGCCCUCAUGCCGCCGGCCCUGACCUACGAGGAGGGCCCGCCGCCGCCCACGCCCGUUGGCUUGGCCACCGGUACCGGCAUGAACGCAGCCGCGGUGCCGGCGGUGGAGGAGCAGCUGCUCCUUCCGCCGGCACAGCGCAGCCGGAGCGCGCCGGCGCCCGGCGGGCAGGACGAGUCGGAGGACGACGAGGCGGCGGGCUGCAUGGGAGAGACCCUGAGCGCCGCCUGCACCGCCGCCGCCGCGUCCGACGCCGCCGCCGUGGCCGUGGCCGCCGCGGUGCUGUCCCGCUCCCAGGUGGUGGACUACCACCGCGUCUACACCAUUGCAGCAGCCGCCAGCGGCGCCGGCAGUGGCGGUGGCGCUGCCGCGCCCCCUCGCGGCCUGGGCUCGCCGCCCUGCAGCCCGCGCGGCGCCGGCCUUGACCGGGCUGACAGCGCCUCACACGCCGGCAGCGGCAGCACCUACGGCGACGGCGGCCUCGGCGGCGAGGGCGACGGCGUCAUUGGCGGCCAUCUGCGCGCGCAGCGUGGCGCCGGCGCUGCUGCCGCCGGCACGGCGGCGGCGGCGGCGGCCGCCGUCGCAGGCGGCUGCGCCGCCGCGACCUUGUACGGCGACGGCGAUGGCUUAUGGCCUGUUAGCAUGGCCGACAUGCGCUGUUGCGUGGACAGCAGCGGCUGCGCCUUCAGUGACCAUGACGAGUAUGAUGAGUACGACGCUGAGGCCGACCUGGCGGAUGCGGACUGGGACGCGCUGGCGGCGGCGGCGGCGGCGGCGGGCGGCAGCGAGCCGCUGCUGGCGGCGGUGGGCUUCCUGCGCGAGCAGCUGCAGCUGGCGCACCUGGAGAUCGUGGCGCUCACGACGCAGCUGGGUAGCCUGAGCCACCAGCGCGCCGCCGCCGAGGUGCGCACCCGCACCCACGACGCCGCGCUGACUCAGCUGGCGCUGGCGGAGGGGGAGGCGCUGAUGGAGCUGGCGGGGCUGCGGCAGCAGCUGGGGGCGGAGAGGGCGGCGCGGGCGCGGCUCGGCGCGCAGUGCGAGGAGCUGCAGAACAUGCUGCUGUCCGGGAUUCCGGACCGGUCGCCGUCAAGCCACUUCACCUCGCCCACCAAGCCCCAGCCCGCCCGCCCGGCGCAAACGUCAGGAAGCGGUGUGCAACACCAACACCAGCAGCAGUCGCAGCCGCAACCACAGUCGCUGCCAGUUGAUCUCAACCAACGGCCGGGCCUGGCCCGCCUGGCGCCCGCGGGCCCGCUGCCCCAGCCGCAGCUCAGCAAUUACCAGCCAGCAUUGCACCACCACCAGCAGCAGCGCCUGUCCUCGCAGCAGCAGCAGCAGCACCAGCAGCAGCAGCACGUGGCGCGCUACAGCUCGGUGCCGCCGCGCCGUGUGGCGGCAGUCAGCGUCAACGGCACCGUCUUCAAGUUCAAGCCGCCGGUGGCGCUGUUCGGGCGCAGCCCCACCAAACCACCGGUGGUGCUGGAUUCCUGAGCAAUGAGAGGGCCGGUGCUGCUCGUGGAAACAGGCAGCACACACAGGCACGGCGUACAGGCACGGUGUGGUGUUGAGGGGCCAUCCCCAUCGCUCAACAGCUUGGAUACAUGGAGACUUACGGGUUACCCAAAUGUAGCAGGAGGGUAGGACUACAUGAAAAGCUGACGUGCCAUAAGACAGUCGUGACGAAUAUGUGCAGACUAAGCAGAAACUACGCAUGUUCGGCAAUAAGAAUCGCAGCAGAUUGUGUCUUGUCCGUUUCCGUGCGCGUCGUAGCAGUUUGGUUUGCAAGCACCCUUCGUCUGUGUGAGGACAGGGUUGUGUAUGCAGGUAGCGGUUGGCAAGGGCGUGUGUCCGGUUGUGAACGAUUGCGACAGGUAUGAUGGGUGCGCGGUGUGGGUUCGGUUUUCCUGACGCGGCGUCGUCCGACUGGAGACACCUGGCGUGCCGUGUGGUUGAACGUGGGAUUGUGGGAGAUUGUGUUACUUUCAAUGGCAAAAUACUAUGCAAAUGUGGAUGCGUGCAGGGGCGCUGCGUUGGCGGAAGCCGCCGACAGGUAUGAGCGCCUGGGAAGCCGGCCUGGUACGGGUACUGCAUGUUGGCUGGGUGUGAUGGGCAGUCGGCCCUACGUUGCCAUACGGUACGUUGAGCUGGCAACCUGGCUGUUACCAUGUGUAGGUGAACUGGGUUUGAUAGGAUGGCUUUGUAUGAUACUGCCGUGCAGUAAACUGGCUGAGGGCUGGGAAGUGUCGGCAGGGACGGGGCCGGCACGGGGCCGGGACAGGCACGCUGGCUGACGGUGCCCAAACCGCGUCGCACCAUAGCUGGCACUGGGCCGCUGCCCAUGGUAAGAUGUACAGCUUACGUUACC